AGGCCGGCCGUCUGGCGAUUGGCGUCCAAUCCGGAUCGUCCUCGCUCGCCUCCUUCAAUUCUUGCGGUUCUCACCUGCGGUUCCGACUCGCUGCGGAACGACGGAGACGGCGGGCGGGCGGGCGGACGCCGAUGCCGGUCGAGCUUCGAGCGCGGCGGCGGAACGUGAAAAUGCCGAUGACGUUGGAAGCCGCGGGGCAGCAGUCUUGACAGGAAGUCACGGCGGUGAGACGGCCACAAGACGCCCGUGAACGGUGGCGGGCCUGAUGGCGGACAAGACGGCGCCGCGCUGCCAGCUGAGGCUGGAGUGGAUUCACGGCUACCGCGGCCACCAGUGCCGCAACAACCUCUUCUACACGGCAGGCAAGGAACUGGUCUACUUUGUGGCCGGGGUGGGCGUGGUCUACAACGCCCGCGACCACGCCCAAAAGUUCUACCUGGGACACAACGAUGACAUCAUCAGUCUGGCGCUGCAUCCCGACAAAGUGCAGGUGGCGACGGGUCAGGUGGGCAAAGAUCCCUACGUGUGCGUGUGGGACACGUACGGCAUGCAGACCGUCUCCAUCCUGCGCGACGCGCACACCCACGGCGUGGCCUGUUUGGCUUUCGACGCCGACGGACAGCGACUGGCGUCCGUCGGUUUGGACGCCAAGAACGUCGUGUGCGUGUGGGACUGGAGGAGAGGACGCGUCCUGGCCUCGGCCACCGGACACUCGGACAGAAUCUUCGACGUGGCUUGGGACCCGCAGCUUUCGGCGCGACUGGUCAGCUGCGGCGUCAAACACAUCAAGUUCUGGACCCUGUGCGGAAACGCCCUGACCCCCAAACGGGGAAUCUUCGGCAAGACGGGCGACCUCCAAACCAUUUUGUGCGUGGCCACCGCCAAGGAGCAGACCACCUACUCGGGAGCGCUCAACGGAGACGUGUACGUGUGGAGGGGGGUGACGCUGGUCAGGACCGUGCAGGCGGCGCACGCGGCAGGGAUCUUUAGCAUGCACGCCAGCGAGGAGGGCUUCGCCACCGGCGGACGCGACGGUUGCGUGCGCCUUUGGGACGUCGACUUCAAGCCCAUCACCAAGAUCGACCUGCGGGAAGCCGAGCAGGGCUACAAAGGUGGGAGCGUCCGCCGCCAUCGCCGCUACCGCCGCGCGCCCGGCCCUCACGCCCGCCCGCCCGCCCUUUCAGGUCUGUCCAUCCGCAGCGUCUGCUGGAAGGCCGACCGCGUUCUGGCCGGGACGCAGGACGGCGAGAUCUGGGAGGUCAUGGUUCGCGACAGGGACAAACCGCUGCUGCUGAUGCAGGGCCACAGCGAGGGCGAGCUGUGGGCGCUCGACCUCCAUCCCAAGCAACCCGUCGCCGUCACCGGCAGCGAUGACCGCUCUGUUAGGCUGUGGAGCCUUCCCGACCACACCCUGCUGGCCCGCUGUAACAUGGAGGAAGCGGUGCGCAGCGUUUCCUUCAACGACGACGGAUCUCAGCUGGCUCUCGGCAUGAAGGACGGCUCCUUCACCGUCCUGCGAGUCAGGGACAUGACGGAAGUGGUGCACAUCAAGGACCGCAAGGAGGUGAUCCACGAGCUCAAGUUCUCCCCGGACGGCUCCUUCCUGGCCGUGGGCUCCAACGACGGCGCGGUGGACGUCUACGCCGUGGCGCAACGCUUUAAGAAAGUGGGCGAGUGCGCCCGCUCCGCCUCCUUCAUUACCCACCUGGACUGGUCGGUCGACUCGCGCUUCCUGCAAACCAACGACGGCGCGGGACAACGCCUCUUUUACCGGAUGCCAGCGGGUAAGCCGGCGUCCAAGGAGGAGGCCAAGGGAGCCCACUGGAUGACGUGGACCGGCGUGCUGGGCCCGGAAGUCAACGGCAUCUGGCCCAAGUACUCCGACGUGACCGACGUCAACUCGGUGGACGCCAACUUCGGUGGCGCCGUGCUGGCCGCCGGCGACGACCUGGGCCUCGUCAAACUCUUCCGCUUCCCGUGCCUCAAGAAAGGCGCCAAGUUCAAGAAGUACAUCGGCCAUUCCGCCCACGUCACCACCGUGCGCUGGUCCAGUGACCUGCAGUGGUUGGUCAGCACCGGCGGGGCCGACCACGCCGUCUUCCAGUGGCACUUCUUGCCCGAAGGCAUCAUGAACGGCGUCCUGGAACCCCUCCUCCAAGAAGGCUACGCGGACUCCGACAGCGGCGACUCGGACUCGGACGUAUCCGACGUCCCCGAGAUCGACUCGGACAUCGAGCGGGAAUCCCAGCACAACUACGAGCGCCAGGUUUACAAGGACGACCUGCCGCAGCUGCGCAGGAAGCUGAUCGGGUCACUCAAGAGGCAGAAAGCUCCCGAGGAGGGUCUUCGUCUGCAAUUUGUUCACGGGUACCGGGGCUUCGACUGCCGAAACAACCUGUUCUACAGUCGGACGGGCGAGGUGGUGUACCACGUGGCCGCCGUGGCGGUGGUCUACAACCGGCUGCAGCACACGCAGAGGUUCUACCAGGGCCACGACGACGACAUCCUCAGCCUCGCCGCGCAUCCACUCAAAGACUUUGCCGCCAGCGCGCAGGUGGGCCGAGACCCGGCCAUCCACGUGUGGGACGUCUCCACUCUGAAAUGUCUGUCGCUGCUUCGAGGCCACCACGGCGCCGGCGUGUGCGCGCUGGACUUCACCGCUGACGGCAAGGGUUUGCUGUCGGUGGGAAUGGACGACUCGCACUCGGUGGUCAUCUGGGACUGGAAGAAGGGCGAGCGACUGGCCAAGAGCAGCGGUCAGAAGGACAAAGUGUUUGUGGUGAAGAGUAAUCCCUUCAGGAUGGACAAGCUGGUCACUGUGGGGAUGAAACACAUCAAGUUCUGGCAACACACAGGCGGCGGCCUGACGUUCAAACGGGGGAUCUUCGGGAACCUGGGCAAGCGGGAGACCAUGAUGUCGGCGUGCUACGGCCGCGCCGAGGACUCGCUCUACUCGGGGGCCACCAACGGCGACGUUUACGUUUGGCGAGAAACCGCGCUGGUGAAGACCGUCAAGGCCCACGACGGGCCCGUGUUCGCCAUGUGCUCUCUGGACAAGGGUUUCGUGACGGGCGGCAAGGACGGCGUGGUGGAACUGUGGGACGACGCCUUUGAAAGGUGCCUGAAGACCUACGCCAUCAAGAGGGCGCUUCUGUCCCCCGCGUCCAAAGGGCUGCUGCUGGAAGACAAUCCGUCGGUCCGAGCCAUCGCGCUAGCGCAUGGGCGCAUUCUGGUCGGCACCAAGAACGGAGAAAUUCUGGAGGUGGACAAGAGCGGUCCCAUGACGCUGCUGGUCCAGGGUCACGCCGAGGGCGAGGUCUGGGGUUUGGCCGCCCAUCCGCUGCUUCCCGUCUGCGCCACUGUCGGCGACGACAAAACCCUCCGCAUGUGGGAGCUGUCGGCCAAUCGCCGAAUGGUGGCCGUGCGCAAGCUGAAGAAAGGCGGGCGCAGCUGCGCCUUCUCCCCCGACGGCAAAGCUCUGGCGGUGGGUCUGAACGACGGCAGCUUCCUGGUGGUCAACGCCGACACGCUGGAGGACAUGGUGACCUUCCACCACCGCAGGGAGCUCAUCUCCGACAUCCGCUUCUCCCAAGACGCCGGCAAGUACCUGGCCGUGGCCUCGCACGAUUCCUUCGUGGACAUCUACGACGUGCCGACUAGCAAGCGAGUCGGCAUCUGCAAGGGAGCCGUUGGCGGCGUCACCCACCUGGACUGGGACUCCAGAGGGAAACUUCUGCGGGUCAACGCGGGAAACGGAGAGCGGCUUUUCUUCGAGGCUCCCCGAGGGCGCAAGCAGAACGUGGACGCGGCCGAGGCGGACAAGCUGGAGUGGGCCAGCUGGACUUGCGUCCUGGGUCCCGGCUGCGAGGGAAUCUGGCCCGCCUUGGGCUCGGUCAACGCGACGUCGCUCAGCAAAGACGGCAAACUGCUGGCCAGCGGCGAUGACUUUGGCUUCCUCAAGCUCUUUGGCUUCCCGUGCAGGGGUCACUUCUCCAAGUUCAAAAAGUACGUGGGCCACAGCGCCAAUGUGACCAACGUCCGCUGGUCCAACGACGACGCGCUGUUGCUGUCGGUGGGCGGGGCCGACGCCGCGCUCAUGAUUUGGCUCAGGGAGCCUCCGGGUCAGAGGGAGAACAAAGCGCUCGACAGCGAGGAGUCCGACGACGACGCCGAGGAAGACGGAGGCUACGACAGCGACGUGGCUCGGGAGAGGGCGGCGGACUACGUGACCAAGGUCUACUCUCCCAGCAUCCGGAAGAUGACGGGAACCAAACCUCACCUGCAGCACAAGGAACUGGCGCCGGAAGAAAGACCUCCGGUGAGUCGGGCCGCUCCGCUGCCCGACAAGCUGCUGCGGAACAGCGCGUCCGGGAAGAAGAAGGCGGUGGAGGACCUUCGGCUGGAUCACGUGUUCGGGUACCGGGGCUCGGACUGCCGCAACAACCUUCACUACCUCAACGACGGCGCCGACAUCGUCUUCCACGCGGCGGCCGCGGCCAUCGUGCAAAACCUGUCCUCGGGAACUCAGAGUUUUUAUCUGGAGCACACGGACGACAUCCUGUGCCUGACCGUCAACCAGCACCCCAAAUACCAAAACGUCAUCGCCAGCGGGCAGAUCGGAGACACCACGGAGCUCCCGGGGUCGGCGCCGUCGGUCCGCGUGUGGGACGCCGUGAGCAAGCAGACCCUGUCCAUCCUGCGCUGCUCCCACGCCAAAGGCGUGGGCUACGUCCACUUCAGCGCCACGGGGAAGCUGCUGCUGUCCGUCGGGGUGGAGCCUGAACACGUCGUCAGCGUGUGGAGGUGGCAGGAAGGUGAGGUCCGCCGCGAACCGUCAACCACUGUCGCACGCACACGCUUUUUGACGGCAGGCGCCAGGAUCGCCAGCAAAGGGGGCCACCCGGAGCGGAUCUUCGCAGUGGAGUUCCGGCCCGACUCGGACAGCCAGUUCGUGUCGGUGGGCGUCAAACACGUCAGGUUCUGGACUUUGGCGGGCGGCUCGCUCUUGUACAAGAAAGGCGCGCUGGGCGCCGUGGAGGACGGCCGCGUGCAGACCAUGCUGGCCGUGGCCUUCGGAGCCAACAACCUGACCUUCACCGGCGCCAUCAACGGAGACGUGUACGUGUGGAGGGAGCACUUCCUGGUGCGGGUGGUGGCCAAGGCGCACAGCGGGCCAGUCUUCGCCAUGUACACCACGCUGCGGGACGGGCUCAUCGUCACGGGUGGAAAAGAGCGUCCGACCAAGGAGGGCGGCGCCGUCAAACUUUGGGACCAGGAGAUGAAGCGAUGCCGAGCCUUUCAGCUGGAGACCGGUCAAGCGGUGGAGAACGUCCGAUCCGUCUGCAGGGGGAAGGGCAAGAUCCUGGUGGGAACCAAAGAUGGCGAGAUCAUCGAAGUGGGCGAGAAGAACGCCGCCUCCAACACCAUGAUCAACGGCCACACCCGGGGGGGCAUUUGGGGACUGGACGCGCACCCUUUCAAAGACGUCUUCAUCUCGGCCGGCGAUGACGGAACCGUCCGCAUCUGGGACCUGGCCGAUAAGAAACUCCUGAACAAGGUGACCCUGGGCCAUCCCGCCAAGUGCACGUCGUACAGCCCCAACGGCGAGAUGGUUUCCAUCGGCAUGGAGAACGGGGAGUUCAUCGUCCUGCUGGUCAACUCGCUCAGCGUCUGGGGCAAGAAGCGAGACCGCAGCGUCGCCAUCCAGGACGUACGUUUCAGCCCAGACAACCGUUUCCUGGCGGUGGGGUGCGCGGAGAGCGCCGUGGACUUCUACGACCUUUCCCUGGGCUCCUCCCUCAACCGCAUCGGCUACUGCAAGGACAUCCCGGGCCACGUCAUGCAGAUGGACUUCUCGGCCGACGGCAAGCACAUCCAGGUGUCCACCAGCACCUACGCCCGGCAGGUGCACGAGGUUCCUUCGGGCAAGAUGGUCACCGAAGCGGCCCUGGUGGAGAGGAUCACUUGGGCCACGUGGACCAGCAUCCUGGGCGACGAGGUCCUGGGCAUCUGGCCCCGCAACGCCGACAAGGCCGACGUCAACUGCGCCUGCGUGUCCCGCGCCGGCCUCAACUUGGUGACCGGCGACGACUUGGGCCUCAUCAAGCUCUUCGACUUCCCGUGCUCGGAGAAAUUCGCCAAACACAAGCGCUACUCGGGACACUCGGCUCACGUGACCAACGCCCGCUUCGCUUGCGACGACAAGUUCGUCAUCAGCGCCGGCGGCAGCGACCGCAGUUUGUUUGUGUGGAAAUGUCAGUAGCCGGCGGCGGCGGCCCGCGCCAGGACGGGCCUUUGCACUCGCAGCGGCAGCGAGCGGCGCCACAAACGGAGAAGCACGCCGCCUGUCCCUUUUGUCAACUGUUGCCAACCCCCCCCAUGAAGUUUCUUUUAGUUUUGGAGCUUGGACACUUGAUGGAGGGAGAUCCGAGCGACGAGAGCCUCGACAUUGAACGGACAACGGCACAGUCAUAUCUUUGUACAUUGGGAAAGUUUUUUUUUUUUAGGGAGGGGUCGCAAACUAGCCAGUGCGCUACGCACGUUUAGCCAAGGUCACUCAUGGCUAGUGUUCUUGAUUUAUCGGGUGUGGUCGACGCACGCCCGGUUCGGCAAAGUUGCUUUCAUUGGCGAGGCAACGCGCGACAUCGCUCGCCGUUGCGCCUUCACGAUGUGGAAUUUGGCGACCUCGUCCAGCACAAAGUGGAGCGUGCGUGUGUGAAAUUUCGUCUUGGUAUUUGUUUUUCAUUCGGUGCUCACUUGAAAACUGUCGGAGGAGUGAACCGAUUGCUGGCUGCAAUUUUCCAAACGCUUUGAGCACGCCCACGAGCGUAUUAUGUCCUAAGAUGUGAUUUGAAACGACUUUCACGUGACAAAACGUAAAUCAAGACUCACCGUUCAGAAAGCGACGGGGGCCGCAACGAGGGCGUUUCCAAACUUUGGACCGGUUGUCCGUCCCCGGAAAGACUGCCGAGUUUUCACGUGGACGUUUGCGAUAUCUGUUCUGGAAAUCUCCUGUUCACGAAGCCGUUUUCAAAAGUGUCGUUGAUGUUUUGAGGUCUUUCUCAUUGCAAUUGUUGCCGCCCUUCAAAUCUGUUGACAAUGACGGUCAAAAAGGUUUUUGA